AUGAUAUCCGGACCACUCUCCCUGUUCUUCCUGCUCAUCGCUCUUGCUGUCGCUAAUGAUGUCGGUCCCAGCUACAGUUCACUGACUGACGCAAACACCUGGGAGACCAAAUAUGGCCCCUACCCCUUCCACUCGUACCGAUCAGCCAACAUCACUUCUCCUGCUGUGAGAAAGGCUGUCGACUCGUCGCAAUGCUAUGACGACAACUACAUCUUCCUCUCUCCAAGAGGCUUUCGCGUUCCGAACCCUGCCGUCACCAUCAUCGAUAACCACGGAAAGCUCGUUUGGUCGCAAAACGUCAAAGGGCAGGCAUACAACCUCAAAGUUCAAGAGUAUAAGGGAGAACAAGUCUUGACAUACUGGGUCGGCGAUGACGCUGUCGGUGGACAUGGAGAAGGCUAUUUCUAUGUCCUCAACAACAAGUACGAGGAGAUUGCCCGCAUCAGAGGUGUCAACAAUCUGCGUGCCGACCUUCACGAGUUGACCAUCACUCCUGCCGGCACUGCUCUGAUCACCUUCUACCAAAUCUACCCGCUCAAACAACCUGGCGUCUUCAGGAUCACGGAUACCGUCUACAUCUGGGACUGCCUGUUCCAAGAAUUCGACAUUGCAUCCCAGAAACUCAUCUUCGAGUGGAGGGCGUCUGAGCAUCAUCAGCUCAACGAGUCUUAUGCACCUCUUGGUGGAGAGGGUCUCAGCUUAGAUCACCCUUAUGACUGGUAUCACAUCAACAGCGUUCAGAAAGAUGACCUCGGCAACUAUCUCGUCUCUGCCCGCUUCACCUCGACAAUCACCUACAUCAGUGGUCAAACUGGCGCCAUCAUCUGGAUUCUAGGCGGAAAGCGCAAUUCUUUCUCUGAUCUGAGCAACGGUCACGCGACAAACAUGCAGUACCAACAUCUCGCUCGCUUCACACCUCUGACUACAUUUCCUACCUUGAUGGCCAAGGAGAUUGCCGACCAUGGAAAGAAAGUGCACAAACACGGUAUCACCAAGCAGUUGCUUACAUUCUUCGACAACGGCAUCCCACCACGCCCGGCUCGAGGCCUCAUCCUCGAAUUGACAUAUCCCAGUCCAGGUGUCAACACCAACACACCUCUGACUGCGAAACUCAUCAAAUCAUACGAACAUCCUUUACACAUCGACUCUGUCUCUCAGGGAUCCCUGCAACUCGUCAGCUCAAACCUCACUACUGCCUCCGAUCCUCACAUCCUACUCGGGUUUGGCUGGCAAGGAACAUGGACUGAAUACCUUGCUGACGGCACCUUGCUUUGCGACUCGCGCAUCGUUGUCGAGAAAGCCAUGAACAGCCCUGGCAAAGGUUACGUGCAAUCAUACUCAGUACUCAAGUACCCCUGGAAGGCGUUGCCGCAUUAUGCCCCUAUUGCGGUUCCUGGCAAAGACAAGACUUCUGUCUUUGUAAGCUGGAACGGCGCUACAGGCGUUUAUGCUUGGAGGCUUAGUUUCAUGGUAGAGGAUAACUUGCAGGUGCAUAGGAAGAUCCUGAAAGAAGGCUUUGAGACUGAGAUUGAUCUCCCUCACCCGAAUGGCGUGGAGAAGAAAUUGAUCAGGUAUGUGGUUGUCGAGGCCUUAGAUGAGGAUGGUAUUGUGCUUGGUAAGACGGACAUAGUGGAUAUGUGGGCGAAAGGGAUGGUGAGUAGAAUCACUCAGAUGGCGCCUGUGGGGAAUAGUAUUGUGUCGCUGCUUGGACUUGUUUUUGUCAUUGCCGUUGUACUUUUCGUCGCUGACCGAGUGGUCAAGUCGAAGAGAAGUGGCUUGGCAUAUCAGAAGUUGAGACGGCAUUGA